ACAAUGAAUUCUGAAGAGGACAUCGAGAUGCUGUCGAGAGUAAUUAGUUUUGAUGAGGUUGUUAAAACAUCAAUCGAAACAUUCCGCAACACGUUCGGUGCCGAGCCGGACCUGGCCGCUUGUGCCCCGGGCCGGGUCAACCUGAUCGGCGAGCACAUCGACUACAACGAUGGUUUCGUCCUACCGAUGGCGCUCCAGCUGGGUACGGUGAUUGUUGGACGGCGUAACGGAACCGACACGACCUGCGACGUCGUUACCUGCUCCGACAGCAUCAAGGAGGGUACGAAGCGGGCCCAAUUCGACAGCAGCACCAUCGCGAAAGGAUCGCCCAAAUGGCUAAACUACGUCAAAGGUGUGAUGUUUCAUUUCCGCCAACCAGUGCCCGGAUUCAAUGCGGUUAUCCACACGAACGUGCCCGUUGGCAGUGGGCUUUCCAGUUCGGCUGCACUUGAGGUGGCUACGUUAACGUUCUUGGAGCUGCUGACAGGGAAGAAAGUGCCAAGUGCGGCCGAUGGUGCCAAGAUGUGUCAGAGGGCUGAGCAUACGUUUGCGAAUGUGCCAUGCGGCAUAAUGGAUCAGCUGAUAGCGAUUGGUGGUCGUGCUGAUCAUGCGUUGUUGAUCGAUUGUCGCAACCUCGACACGGAACCGAUUCCAUUCGAUGCACCCGACCUCGCAAUUCUCAUCUGCAACUCUAACGUGAAGCAUGAGCUGUCCUCGAGCGAAUACCCGGUAAGACGAAAGCAAUGCCAGGAAGCGUUGGAGCUGAUGGGACUAGAAAGCUACCGGGAUGCAACGCUGGACCAUUUAAAGGCACUGGAGAGCACGAACGAGCUGCUGGUGCGUCGAGCCCGGCACGUCAUUACGGAAAUUCAACGCACGAAGCAGGCAGUCGAAGCACUCAAGGCAAAGAACUUCAUUAAGAUGGGCCAGCUGAUGAAGGAAUCGCACCAAUCCCUGAGCGAAGACUUUGAAGUAUCCUGCUACGAGCUGGACCAGCUGGUCGAGGCCACGAUCGCUAUACCCGGUGUGCUAGGAUCGCGUAUGACCGGCGGUGGUUUCGGUGGCUGUACCGUGACGCUGGUCGAACGUGCCACCCUGGCCGAUGUGGUGAAACAGAUGGACACGAUUUAUUCGCGCAAAACGGGUGGCAAAUAUCGGGCACGCUUUUAUCUUGCCCAACCCGGCAACGGGGCACGAACGAUCGAGCUGGCCGAUUAUCUGCGGUAG